AUGACAGAACCUGAGACUGCAACCCUGUUGGAAGUGAAGGGGUCCGAGGCUCCAGAAAAAAGCCCACCACAGGCCUUGAUUCCCAAUGGCCGGCAGCCAGAAGGAGAAGGUGGGACUGAGUCCCCAAGAGUGGAAUCUUCAGUUGGGUCUCCCAUGACUGGAGACGGGACUGGGGAUGCUCUAGACAGCACAGUGAGCGAAGCUGCCACCUUGCCCUGGGGGACUGGCCCCCAUCCCAGUGCCCCAUUCCUGGAUCCCCCUGGCUGGCGGGGCAUUGAGCUAGAGCCCCUCAAAUCAGAGCCACCCCCAGAGGAGCCACCUGAUGAUGAUGCAAAUCUGUUGCCUGAGAAGGAAGCCCGGGCCUUUGUGCCCAUCGACCUACAAUGCAUUGAGCAGCGACCCCAGGAGGACCUCAUAGUACACUGCGAGUCGAGCAAAGGCGAGCGCCGGGCCUUCCUGCCCAUCCGGGCCACCCACCCUGAGCCCAUUGAACGCAAGUGGGUCGAGGCAGUAGUGAAGCCACCUGGCCGGUCCUGUGUGAGCUGUGGGGGCCGUGAGGGGCUGAGGGCUGUGGCCUCAGUAGGGGCUGCCCUCGUCCUCUUUCCCUGCCUACUGUACGGGGCAUAUGCCUUCCUGCCCUUUGAUGCCCCACGGCUACCCACCAUGAGUUCCCGCCUGAUCUACACGCUGCGCUGUGGGGUCUUUGCCACAUUCCCCAUCGUGCUAGGGAUCCUGGUAUAUGGGCUGAGUCUGCUGUGCUUUUCUGCCCUACGGCCCUUCGCGGAGCCCCGGCAGGAGGUGGAGAUCCACCGGAGAUAUGUGGCCCAGUCGGUACAGCUCUUCAUCCUCUACUUUUUCAACCUGGCUGUGCUUUCUACCUACCUGCCUCAAGACACCCUCAAGCUGCUCCCACUGCUCACUGGCCUCUUUGCCAUCUCCAGGCUGAUAUACUGGCUGACCUUCGCCGUGGGCCGCUCCUUCCGAGGCUUUGGCUACGGCUUGACGUUUCUACCGCUGCUGGCCAUGCUGAUGUGGAACCUCUACUACAUGUUCGUAGUGGAGCCGGAGCGCAUGCUCACUGCGGCCGAGAGUCGCCUGGACUACCCGGACCACGCCCACUCCGCCUCCGACUACAGGCCCCGCCCCUGGGGCUGA